AGUAACCACAUUCCAUUGAACGCGACUGCAGUUCGGGCUAUAUUGUAUCUGUGUGUUUUUUUAAUUAUGGACACGGAGAACGACGUGGAAAGUCAUCCGAUUCCGCCAGAGGAAACUCGGAAAACCAGUGAUGUUUACAGAGUUAACCCAAAUCUUCCCACACGGUUCAACAAUCCUGAUUGUUUUCAUGGUUACAGUAAGAAGACCAUCCAUCCCUUAUAUCAAACAUCCAACCAAAUCUACGGAAGCAAGAGGCCCACUGUCCAUGAAAUGCCGACGAGGUUUCAUGGGACUUUGAGGAAGUUCUCGGAUCACAUGCAGAAGAGUGGGAUGUUCCGGGACAACGGCUUCAACACAUCACCGGAGAAGAGUCGCGUGGUUGGCCCUGACAACGUCGCCAUUUUCCACGACAGGUUGAACUUCCAGCACUGCUUCAAGAACCAGGCCACCGGACCCGCUGUCUGAGGACCCUGCAGCCUGCCUGCUCUCUGUCCAGCAUCUCUUUUUGUAUUUCUAUGUGAUUGACUGUUCCCAUUUGAUUAAAACAUCUUCUGUAAUCGGG